AUCUUAAUGAUCUCAGUAAAGAAGGGUUGUUAAGCCACUUAAGUUGUUGUCUAUAUAUAAAUUAGGGUUUUUAUUCUGUUGCAGACAGUGUUUGAGAAUCACAAUAAUAAUAAUAAUACCAAAUUCCAACCAGAUAAGGAGCAUGGAAGCUUCACUUCUUUUGGUUGAUACCUUUUUCCUUUCUCUCUCUUCUCUUAUUGUUGUUUUUUAGUUACCUACUGUCUUUGAUGGAAGUCAAUGGCGUGUGUGGGUCUCGUUUUCAUUUGUUUCAAACACCAAAAGUUUGAUUUUUUUUAGGGUUCAUAGCCUCAUCUCUAUUGCUCUUUUUGGGGGUGUUGAAAGAUCUCCUUUUUAGGGGAGGAAUGAGAUUUGUGAAUCACAUUGUGGAAAGUUUUGAUUUCUAUUAUUGGAUUUUGAUUCAUCAAUAGGAUUUUGCUGUGAAAGUUUUGUAAUUUUUGCUUGGAAAUUGUACUUGUUGGGAAAAAAAAUCGGAUUUUUAGACUGAUUUGUUAGAUGGGUAAUGCUGAGGUAUUGUUGUGAUGACUAGUUGAAGUUCUGUAGCUGGAAAUCUCAGGCAAUUUUUUUGAGGAAAUGGAGGAUCAGGCUGUUUUAUGUGGCGGGGCUUCUGUUAAUGUUGGAAGAGAGGAAGAGGAAGAUGAGUUUUGCAGUUGCUGUGAAGAUGAAGAAGUAUUUAAAGAGACUGAGGAGCCAGUGGUGGAAGGGUUGAAGGAUGAACUUGAUGAAUUUUCUGUAAGAUUGUUCUUUAAGGGGUUGUCAAUAGCAGGGUUUGAAAAUUCAAGUUCUGGGUUUUCUGGAAUUGGAGUGUUCAUGGAAACAUCAUCUAGUCUUCCAGCUAUACGGGUGCAGAAAAAACUUGACUUUUAUGAAGAGGAACCAGUAGCUGACUACUUGGCACUCAUGGAUGGCUUGCUGAAAGCUGUGCAGAACAAGAUUCGCCGGGUUUAUGCUUUCACAGAUUCUGAGUUGUUGUACGAUCAGAUAACAUUUGAGAAAAAAUUGGAGAUGCCACUCUUGAUAGCACUGAGAGAAAGGAUUCUGGAACAUGCCAAUAAUUUUGAAGCUUUUGUUCUGAAGCUUGUACCCAGUACUGAUCUUGAGCAGCCACUGCAGUUGGCCAAAGUAGCUAUUGGACUUGUCACUUACCCUGUAAAUGGUGAGAGAUUACUUCAGAACUGUUCUAUUUGUUGUGAAGACAAGCCAGUGCCAAUGAUGAUGACCUUGAAAUGUUCACACACAUUCUGUUCCCAUUGCUUGAGGGCCUAUGCCGAUGGUAAAGUACAAUCUUGUCAAGUCCCUAUAAGAUGCCCUCAACCAGGAUGCAAAUGUUACAUCUCUGCAGCUGAGUGCAGGUCUUUUCUUCCAUUCACCUCCUUUAAAGCUUUGGAGAAAGCCCUUGCAGAAGCAAAUAUUCUCCAUUCAGAUAGAGUUUAUUGUCCAUUUCCAAAUUGCUCUGUUCUCCUUGAUCGUCGUCCAUGUUUAUCAGAUACAGCCAGUUCAUCUAGUCAGUCAGAGAAUUCUUGUGUUGAAUGUCCUGUUUGCCAGAGGUUUAUCUGCGUGGAGUGUGAGGUUCCUUGGCAUUCUUCUAUGAGCUGUGAAGAAUACCAGAAUCUGCCAGAGGAUGAGAGAGAUGCUUCUGACAUUACCUUGCAUCGUCUUGCUCAGAAUAAAAGGUGGAAGCGUUGUCAGCAGUGUCGUACAAUGAUCGAGCUUACUCAAGGUUGUUACCACAUGACAUGCCGGUGUGGUCAUGAGUUCUGCUAUUCUUGUGGUGCGGAAUACAGGGAUGGCCAACAGACAUGUCAAUGUGCAUUUUGGGAUGAAAACAACUCUGAAGACUCGGUGACAAACUCUCUUCAAGAAUCAGAACAAUUGGCAUGCGAAACUUUCAAUUCUUUCUCCAUGAUCAUGGAUGAUACAUACUCAGACCAAGAAUGGUCUCAGUUUGCACUUAUAGAAAGGUUCCUAGAUGGUGCUUUUAGUCUCAGUGACCAUAAUCCAUACCAAUCUCCUCCUCCCCAAUGUACAGACUCCUAUGUAGACCCUUUGAAGGAUCUUCAUCAGCUUCCAUGGCUCGAGACAUUUGUGUCUGUGAUAAGUGACAACUACUAUGAAGAUUAUAUUCAAUGAAACUCUGCUACAUCUUAAAACUACCUAAUAAGCUUAAGGGGAUGCAGAAGGUGUUUCUCACUCUCUCCACAUUUCUCAAUAGGUGUAGCAACCUUUACAUCAUGUAAUUUCCUUUUAUGUUCCCAGCUUGGAUAUCUUUUGACCUAAGGUCCGUGGAUUAAUAUCUAGGUGAAGAAUCUGUUCAUGAUUUUCUUUAAAAGAAAGAUAAAAGAAAAGUUGAAAGAGAAAACAGUUUGUUUGUGGUUGGGAAUAAUACAAUA